AUGCCAACUCUAGAUUCACAGAAGCAAAGACGUGUUCCGAGAUACCGUACCUGGAAAAACAGAACGGAUAAGUUUAUCGCAGAAUAUGUUGACUUGUCACCAAUAGAUUCUACAGUUCAACUACGUUUACCAGAUGGAACAUUGGUCAGCGUACCGUUGGAAGAUGUUAGCCGAAAUGGAAUCAUGUACAUUUUGAAAACUUGUCAACAUCACUUCUCUUCGAAGCAAGGAUAUAACGAACUUCUUAAUAAAGAACUUUCCCAGAGAGUGGAUGCGAUGUGUUCUAUUUGUGGGAUUAAGUGGGCCACGAAGCAGAUGAUGAAACUAUCAAGAUCCGAUAAUUAUGUUUGUUACGAAUGUGACAGACUGGGGAGCGAUGUUCACAAUGAUGGGUCCGUUGAAGACGACAUCGGUGACUUUAUUAAUAUUACAAACCUUGUGUCACUACCUCUUCGCACAUGGAAAAACAUGGCAGGAACAAGAAUGAUUAACGCAAAGUUUUGGGGACUCGGGACAGUGAGCCAUAGGGUCACGUUGCUCGAUGAAAAAAAACAAAAGCAUACUUUUGAAAUUUUUGAAAUGUGUCAUGAAGAUAUUUCAUACCUUCAGACAAUCCUUCAGAAUCUGCUCGCACCAACUCAGCAAGACCUUUUGAGAAGUAUCGUGGACUAUAGGCAACGGUGCAAAUGCUUUUACUGUGAAUUUUCACCAAAAGAAACAACAUAUCAAGAAGGUACGGAAUUGGUCCAAGAUAGUGCAAAAUCUGAAAUAAAUAGAAUAUCCUACCGUCCCUGGAAUAGGAUUUGGAGAACUCUCAGCGGUACUUUCGACGCCACCUUCGAAAAUUUAACCUCCGAAGAAGUAGUAUUGCGAACAAGUAGAAAUAAUGUAAUCAAUAUUCCAAUUAGGCAAUUAAGUCGAAACGGUUUGUAUUACGUUGCAAAAUCAAGGUCAAUCCUACUUUCCGAUGAACAGAAGAGAAUGUUUCAGCACGAACUCGAGAAUCGCGAUGAACGGCAGUGCAACGUAUGCAGCUAUGAUUGGGCCACUUAUCAAAUGUAUCCGUUGAAUAGUGUAGCUUUUGUGUGCUUUCGUUGUGACUUUCAACUUUUUAGAGACAAAAGUAUUGGAGCGGUGUCCAAGAAUAUGAAUAUCAUAAAACAAAUCUUGGAUCAACAAUCAAGAAAGAUUACACCGAGAAAUUGGACAAACCGAUUGGGCGAAAUUAUCACGGAUGGGGAAUUUCUUGCAUUCGGUGUUGUCAGCCACAAAAUCGUCAUAUUAAAACCGAAUGGAACAACGACCCCUAUCGAUUUAUCGGAUUUAACAGGAGACGAUAUCAUCUUUAUCCAGAGAAACCAGGGUUUAAGUAAAUGGCAAAAUGAUAUACUGCAGAAAGAUCUUGAUAGGAGACACGAAUGCGAAUGCUGUUAUUCUGAAUGUUUGGAAAGCGAGAUGAUUCUUUGCGAAGCUAACAGAGAUCCACACCGAUUCUGCUGCGAUUGUGCAAGAAGAACGGCAGAACAAUUGAUGGUUGAAGAUAAAACCGAAUUUAAAUGUAUGAGUAUAGAUGGUUGCGAGGCUGUAUUUAGCCUUGAUUCCGCGAAAAUCUUUCUAAAUAAACGGGUCUUCGAAAGAUUGAUGCGAUUGCUCAAUCCGGUUGAGGAGGAAGUUGAAGUAUUCAAAUUUGUGGACUGCCCUUUUUGUCCGUGGGGUGCAAUGCUUUCCGAUAACGAGGAGUCUCUGACAUGUGGAAACAUUAAUUGUGGUAGAAGAUCAUGUCGGCAAUGCAAAAAUAUAUCUCAUCCUAAUUUAACCUGUCAAGAUGCAAUCGAGCAAGCUGCUAUUAAUGCCGAAAGAGCCGCAGCGGAAGCGCAAAGAGCAAUGGCGGAGGCCGCACAGGCUCGAGCCGCAGCAGCUUCAGCUCGAGACGCAGUCGUAAGAUCCAGACACGAGGCGAGAGCCAAGGAAGCCAGUGCUCGAGCAGCCGAGGCUUUAUCAAGAGCAAAAGCCGUAGACGAAAGAAUCAUGCGUCAACGUGAAGAAGCAAUGUCUCGUGCACUAAUCAGAGUGUGUCAAAAAUGUAGCACACCUAUAAUAAAAUCAGAUGGUUGCAAUAAAGUGAUUUGUACAAAAUGCGGUCAAGCAAUGUGCUAUUUAUGCAGAAGAGCGAUUUCGGGUUAUGAUCAUUUUGGGGAAUCUUUGGGUAAAUGCCGCCUUAUCGAUGAAACACCAUUAGAUGAAAUUCAUAGACGAGAGGUCGAGGUCGCCGAUAGGCAAUUUAUGAAUCAACACCACUUUAACACAUAA